UUUUCCUUUCACUAAAAUUAAUAGCUCCUCAAAGCUUUGUUAGCCGACUAACUAAUCUGAUAUGGGGAAAAAGAAAGAGACAAUCUUUGUUGUUGGUGGCCCUGCACUGCAUCUUUAUGAGUGACCACGAGCCUUUAAAGAUACAAUACAAACAGAUAAGAGUUGAAGUGAAGGUGGGCAUGGAAGACUAGAAAUACCAAUGGCUCUGCUAACAAAUAGCCUGCUAUUGUUACCCCAGCAACUCGGUCCGAGUCGAACUCAGUCGCCUGCUACCAUUCAUUUCAACCAUUCACAGCGCUGUCACCGUUUCUGCAGAGCAACAUCCUCUGUUUCGCUUUGGUUCUGUAAUGGGAAACGAAAAGUCAAGAGUCUCAAGACCAAAGCCUCCAAGGCAGAUAAGCAAGAAGUGAAAUUGGAAGAGAAAAAGGGGGAAGAAGAAGAAGAAUUUCAAGUACUGACGGCCAUGAAGAGCAGUUACAAUGACAUAGUAAUCGUGGACACUCCCAAAUCAAGAAUGCUGCUCCUCGACUCUUCUCAAAAUGUGCACAGCAUUGUUUACAAGCACCAGAAAUGGACUGCUUCCUACUGGGAUGAGUUUGCUAGCUUGCCUGCUAUUGUUCCAGAAGGUCCUAUUGCCAUCCUUGGCUUGGGUGGUGGAACAGCUGCUCAUCUGAUGCUUGACUUGUGGCCGUCUUUGCAGCUUGAAGGUUGGGAGAUUGAUCAAAUUUUGAUUGAUAAAGCAAGAGAGUAUUUUGGGCUGUCUGAUCUUGAGAAGCCUACUCAAGCUGGUGGCAUACUUAACGUUCACAUUGGUGAUGCCCUUUCUCCUUCAGUUAAUAUUUCUGGAGGGUAUGCCGGCAUUGUUAUUGACUUGUUUUCUGAUGGAAAAGUUUUGCCACAGUUGCAAGAGGUUACAACUUGGUUGGAAUUAAAGGAUCAGCUGAUGCCCAAUGGCCGUCUAAUGGUGAACUGUGGUGGCGUAGAUGGAGCAUCUGAUGUCAGAGAUGGAACAGCGCAUCCAAAAAAUACCUCCAGUGACGACAGUUGGCUACAAAAUUCUACUAUCAAGGCAUUAUCUAAAGCAUUCCCUGGACAAGUAAGCUGGAAGAAAAUGCCACAAACUUUUGGUGAAAAUUAUCUUGCACUGACGGGACCUUUGCCAGAAUUGACUUCAUGGUCUGCUGCAGUAACAGGUCCCUUGACCGCCAGUGUGAAUCUAUGGAGACCAUGCGAACCUUGUUGUUGAUGGACUCGAAUUAUUUUCUUAUAAAUUUGACCAGGGAGCUCUCUGUUGUGAAUUUGUCACAUUAAACACCCGCUGGUCAUGUUCUUGGAGAUCAAUAUUACAGAAGAUCACCACGAAACGCGACGGUGAUCACAAAGAAUGCAAUCUGUUUGAUUGUAAUGACUUUGCUCAUUGGAAGCUUGCUCUACUAUAUAUCAGGGUAAUUGCUGCAUGCAUCCCAAAUAUAUAUGAUGAGAACAAGUGUAUCUCCUUUUUAAGUUUGCUUGCACAAAAAUACAUAGCAUUUUCGCAACUUCGCAAGAUAUAUGAUGGGAACGAAACCCAAGAUACAUUGGAUUGAUAGUCGAGGAGAAAAAAAAAAUUUCAUGAUUGCCUCCUCUCCACUUACUAGUAAAUCAUGUCCUUUGCCAAUUUUGCGUGCGCACAUAAUUUGACUGCUUCUAGUUGAAGUUGCAACUUUGGAGUACAGCUCUUUGUUUGACAUUCCGGAUAUGUUAAGCAUAUGACGUAUGAUGUAUGUAUACUACUAGUGUAUUGUAAUGGAGUGGUUGAUUGAAGUUGAGAGUAGAGUACGUUAUUAUA